AUGCUCUCACCUUCCAUGGCAAAACCAAAGCUUCAGUUGUUGUCCUUUUUCUUAUUCUGCAGCAUCUUGCUAAGCUUCUUCCACUGCACAUUAUCAUUGAUCAACCCUGAGGAUGAGCCAAGCUGGCUUGCUGUGAAAUCUGAAGAUGUUAACAUGGUGCAAACCCGGAGAGAUUCUUGGAAGAAAUGUGACUUUUCAGUUGGAAAAUGGAUUUUUGAUCAAUCUUACCCUCUCUAUAAUACCAACUGUCCUUAUCUCAGCACUGCAGUUACUUGUCAAAAGAAUGGGAGGCCAGAUUCUGAUUAUGAGAAAUGGAAGUGGAAGCCAUACGGUUGUUCCAUCCCAAGGUUUGAUGCACUGAGAUUUCUUGGAAAAAUGAGAAACAAGAGAAUAAUGCUGGUUGGUGAUUCUAUAAUAAGAAACCAAUGGGAAUCUCUUGUUUGCUUAGUUCAAGGAGUUAUUCCAACUGAUAGGAAAAGGGUGACCUACAAUGGUCCUUCAAUGGCUUUCCAUGCUAUGGAUUUUGAGACAUCAAUUGAGUUCUUCUGGGCACCACUGUUGGUGGAACUGAAGAAUGGGCCUGAAAAUAAGAGAAUUCUACAUUUGGAUUUGAUUGAAGAGAAUGCAAGGUAUUGGAGAGGAGCUGACAUUCUUGUAUUUGAUUCAGCCCAUUGGUGGACUCACUCUGGUCAAACUAGCUCGUGGGAUUAUUACAUGGAGGGAAAUAGUAUCAUCACAAACAUGAAUCCUAUGGUUGCCUAUCAGAAAGGACUCAGUACAUGGGCAAGGUGGGUGGAUCUAAAUUUGGACCCUCGAAGAACCCGAGUCAUUUUUCGAAGCAUGUCACCCAGGCAUAACAGGCAAAAUGGUUGGAAAUGCUACAAUCAGAGACAGCCUUUACAAUUUUUCAGCCACCUACAUGUUCCUGAACCACUGGUAGUGCUACAAGGAGUGCUGAAGAGAAUGAGAUUUCCAGUAUAUCUGCAAGACAUUACAACAAUGACUGCUUUCCGAAGAGAUGGACAUCCUUCAGUGUAUAGAAGGGCAAUAAGUGAAGAAGAGAGGCAGAAACCAGGUACAGGCCUUUCCUCUGAUUGCAGCCAUUGGUGCCUCCCUGGGGUGCCUGACAUUUGGAAUGAGAUGCUGAGUGCUUUGCUUUAA